CCAUAUCCCAUUGGUCAGUAACACGCGAAUGGAAAUUUGAGCUACAGUAUUUCUCUUCUGUACAGAAAUUCAAGGGUGUCCCCAUCGCGAUGAUAAAAAGAUGCAAUGAAUGUAGGAGACUCCUGUGCUCGCAAGGUGGCGAACUGGGACAUGUCUAUUUUUCACCAUUCACACAGAAACAGAACCAGAGGCACAAUAUGGGCUCAGUUCUGAGUAGCUUAGAUGCUCAUGCUGCUAUAGUUGGACUGCUUUCUUUGCUCCUAAUUUGCUUAUUAUCUGUUAUAAGAAGGUCGAAAGAUCAUGAGGCAGAGGGUGGGUGGCCCAUAAUUGGUCACCUUCUACUCUUGAGAGGUCCGCAGAUGCCCCAUCACACUUUGGCAGCCAUGGCCGACAAGCAUGGACCCAUUUUCAGCAUCAGGCUGGGCUCUCGACCAGCUUUGGUGAUCAGCAACUGGGAAAUGGCUAAGCAAUGCUUCACCGCCAACGACCUUGCCGUUUCCUCCCGUCCUGCACUUGUUUCUGUUCAACGCCUCUGUUACAAUCAGGCGAUGUUUGGUUUCGGACCUUAUGGCCCCUACUGGCGUCAACUACGUAAGAUAGCGACCCAAGAGUUGCUCUCCAAUAGCCAAAUUCAGCGACUGAGUCAGGUGUGUGCGUCUCGACUUGAUUCUUGGGUUAAAGAGCUCUUCCGCCUAUGGGCAGAAAAUAAGAACGAUUCGGGCCAAGUUUUAGUUGAUCUGAGCGAGCGUUUUGGGAGGUUGGUGACGAACACGGUUCUUAGAACGAUGGCAGGUAAGCGAUACUACGAUGGUGGAGCUGAGGUUCAGGAGGAGGCACGCCGGCUCCUGGAAACUUUGAAGGAGUUCGUUCGGCUUUUGGGGGUGUUCGUGGCGGGGGAUGCUCUUCCUUGUCUCAGAUGGCUGGAUUUGGGUGGAUAUGAGAAGGCCAUGAAGAAAACUGCAAAGCAACUCGACUCUAUUUUAGAAGAAUGGUUAGAGGAGCACCGCCGCAAGAGAGCCUCCGCCGGUGAUCAAGACUUCAUGGACGUUUUGCUUUCUGUUCUCGAUGGCUCUGAGCUCGGAGGUCAUGACGCCAAUACCAUCGUCAAAGCCACAACGCUGAUGUUAAUUGCAGGGGGCGUUGACACGAGCACAGUGACCCUUAUUUGGGCAAUUUCGCGAUUGCUGAGCAACCCCAACAUCCUUAAAGAAGCUCAGAGAGAAUUGGACAUUCAAGUCGGGAAGGAAAGAGCAGUGAAGGAAUCAGACAUAAAUAAGUUAGCGUACCUUCAAGCCAUAGUGAAAGAGACUCUGAGACUACACCCGCCAGCAACUCUUAUGGGGCCACGCGAGUUUACAGAGGAUUGCAUAAUUGGUGGCUGCCGCGUGAAGAAGGGAACGCGACUCCUCACAAAUGUGUGGAAGAUUCAAACCGAUCCAACCAUUUGGGCUGACCCCUUGGAGUUUAAACCAGAGAGGUUCCUCACUACCCACAAAGAUGUUGACGUGAAAGGACAUCAUUUUGAGCUCAUUCCGUUUGGAAGUGGCCGGAGAAUUUGCCCCGGAAUAUCGUUUGGCCUUCACACCAUUCAUCUCAUUUUGGCUACAUUCCUUCACUCCUUUCAGAUUUCAAAGCCAUCCGAUGAACCCAUUGAUAUGACUGAAAUUUUUGGCCUCACAACCACCAAGGCUCCUCCGCUCCAGGCUCUCAUCACUCCUCGUCUUUCUUUCCAGCUUUAUGAUGCACUGUGAUCGGCUUUGUUUGACACAAGUGCUGCUUCGUACGUUCAAGGUGGCAAAUUAAAUGACCAAAGUCUAUGGGGCUCAAGUUUUUAUUUUUGUUUUUUGUUUUUUGGAGUGAUCCUCAGUGAAAAUAUAUGUCAAAAUUAAUGGUCCCUUGAAGACGCCAAGCCCGUUAAUCACUGAAAA